AGUUAAGUUAGUUAGCUAAGUUAUGCUAACUGGCACCUCUUUGCCGCGUUAGCUAAACUCACUCACAGAGCAGACAGUGUCCUCAGAGCAGCUGUCAGAGGACACCUGUUGGUGUGGAUUCACUCUCUAAGAAAGCAUUUUCAGUCAUAUUAUAGACUUAUAACCACGAGGCAACGCAUGACAAAUUGAUGUUUUCAGCUCAUUUAGUCUGAAAGUGCUUUACAAGGUACUCAGGCAAAAGCACAAAAAGCACUGGUAAAAACCGUAAAACGCAAUAAAAAAUCUUAUCGACAGACAGAAUUAAGACUUUUAAACAAACGUGAAAUGUAAAAGGAAGAUAAUUAACAGCGAUUGUAAACCGACCAUUUGCUUUUGCUUUGGGAUAAGUAAACACUGCCUCUAGUUUUAUCUCUUCAUCAUAUCUGAACAGCUUUGAAGCUACAGGCAGCUUCAUGUUUUUGGUGUUGUCGUCCAGAGCUGCCGGGAAGCCAGAACACACACACCUGAGAAGUUCAGACUAGGUCAGGAGAUCUCAUAAAUACCUCGAACCCCAAACUGUUUAGUAAUUUACAGACAAGACACAGAAUUUUGAAGUUGAUUCUCUGUGAAAGUUGAAGUCAGUGUAGUGACGGAGAGCUGGAGUUAUGAGGACUCGAAGUCAAACCCUAAAUGAGCGGCUUGUGGCAGCAAUGUCCUCCUCUGAAGAGGUAGCAUCAAAUGCCAUAUCGGCUGUCUUGUCAUCUGCUUUGUCGGCUGCUGUGUCAUCUGCCUUGGCCGUUGCAACAGCAAAUGAUGCCAGGACAGAGCUGACCACUCUGAUUGACCAGUGGGAAGAAGUACAGCAGGGCAGCACAGAGGAGCUGGUCUCCAUCCUCACUAAAAUGUCCAAGUUAAUUGAACGAGAGACAAGAGAGUAUCACAAAGCAGAUCCUGAUCCGUUUGAUGACCGUCAUCCAGGGCGGGCAGACCCAGACUGCAUGCUGGGACGGCUGCUAACAGCCAUCUAUGGGAAUGACGACCUAACCAAUGCGCUGUUGGACACAUACAUAAUGGCCAGUAGAGACAUGAUUCUCAACACCGCAGCCUGUCGUCUACUUCAGAACAUCAUUCCAGGCCUAGAGACCACAGUCAUCUUCCAAGAGAAGGAGGGUCUGAUUGAGAAAUUGUUUGGCUGGGCUCGUGAAGCAGAGAGACCGCUGUGCGUCUAUGCCACAGGCCUGCUGGCCAGAGCCAUGAGCAGCCAGGAAGUGGCAGCAAGUUACAGAGAGGACAAUGCUCAACUGGUACCAGUCAUGAUCCGGCGCCUUCGCGAACUGCAGUGUGAAGAAGCUCAAAGCAACUGCAGUCCCGCCAAAACCUCCAAUAAUCUACCUCAGGAUUCUCAGGUCGAUGGCACACAGACCUCAUCAGACCAGCAAGACAAGACAGAGAAAGAGACUGUUCCAGACGAGGAACAAAGAAAAGGAGGGUGUGAGGAGAGCAGCAGGACUACAUCAAAAUCCACAUCUAAGGACACAACUUCAAGCACAGCUCAGAAAAAUGCCACAUGUAGCAGCAGUGGUGGAUCUGGCUCAACUCGGCUUUUCCCGGACUUUAUUUACCAAGCGAGCCCUGACACUUUGUCCAGAGAGAUGGAGGGCAGGCAGGGUGGAAGAGGAGGAGGAGGGAGGAAACGUAUAUGUAAGGAAAAUGGAAGGAAGGCUAAGCAGAAGAUGAACUUCUCCUCCACACCUCAUGAUGAGGCAAAUGGGCAGGAUGACAGCGACCAGCCGGCAAACACUACCUCCUGGUCUGAGAUGAGCUCAAUGGUGAUUGGUUCUGAGUACAGUCUGUCACCACUGAGCCGAGCCAUGGAGCAGAGGCUCAUCCUGCAGUAUCUGACACCACUUGGCGAUUACCAGGAGUUGCUUGCCGUCUUCAUGCAGCUGGACACCCGAGCGUUACUGAUGAACUACAUUGACCUCAGACAGACCAAGAAUGUACAGCUCACCUUUGAUGCGCUGCUGUAUCUUGCCUCUCUGCUGCUCCAUAAGAAGUUUGUAUCUGAGUUCAUUGCUCAUGGAGGAGUACAGAAGCUUCUAGAGAUCCCCAGACCGUCUAUGGCAGCAACUGGAGUGUCUCUCUGCCUGUAUUAUCUGGCAUACAACCAGGACGCUAUGGAGAGGGUGUGCACUCUUCCAGAUGGUGUGCUGUCAGACAUGGUGUCCUACGCUCUUUGGCUGUUGGAGUCAUCCCACGCUUCAGGAGUUUGCCACGCCACCAUGUUUUUCUCCAUCUCCUUCUCUUUCAGGGCGGUGCUGCAGCUCUUUGACCACCAGGAUGGUCUGCGGAGGCUUGUCAACCUGAUCAGUACUUUGGAGAUCCUAAACACUGAGAUGAAUGCUGUUGUAAUGAGUGAUGACCAAAUCUUCUCCAGCCGACAGACAGCCAAACACACAUGCAUGGCCCUGCGCAGGUAUUUUGAGGCUCACUUGGCAGUGAAGGCUGAACAGGUCAAACAGUCUCUGCACACAUCAGAGGGAGGCACCAUCGUCCCCCAGCAGCCAUUUUACAAGGCAUAUACAUAUACCAGAGAACAGGUUGUAGAGACAAUUGAGUUUCUCAUCGAGGGUGGACCUCCUCAGCUUCACUGGGAACCAGUAGAAGUUUUCUACAAGUUGUCUUGUGUCCCUUUAAUACUGCAGCUCAUAUCUACAGCCUGUGAUUGGAGGAAUUACUAUGGCAGGAGUGAUACAGUGCGUUAUGCGUUGGAUAUUCUCGCUAUGCUGACAGUUGUUCCUAAAGUCCAACUGAUGCUCGCAGACACUGUAGACGUUCUAGAUGAAAACAGGUCGACUGUUUCCACUGUGGGUAUGAGCAUCAUUCUGGGUGUUGCAGAAGGAGAGGUGUUUGUGAAUGAUGCUGAGAUCCAGAAAUCUGCACUGCAGGUGAUACUAAACUGUGUGUGCGCUCCAGAUCAGAGCCUGAACAGUGUGGGUGCUUGUGCCAUCAGCCCACUCAGGCCGUCCCUCCACCCACAGCAGCCCUCUGCACCACACAACAGAGUUCUGGCUCACAUGUGGCAGGUGGUUCAGAACAACAAUGGAAUAAAGGUGUUGCUAUCUCUGCUGUCUGUCAAAAUGCCCAUAACGGAUGCAGAUAUGAUUCGUGCUCUGGCCUGCAAGGCUCUGGUCGGACUGUCUCGCAGCUCAGCAAUCAGACAAAUUAUCAGCAAACUGCCGCUCUUCACUAGUGGGCACAUUCAGCAGUUAAUGAAGGAGCCAGUGCUGCAGGACAAACGCUGUGAGCAUGUACGUUUCUGCCGCUAUGCUGCCGAGCUCACUGAACGAGUAUCUGGAAAGCCCCUCCUCAUGGGUACUGAUGUUUCACUGGCUCGCCUACAGAAGGCUAAUGUGGUCGCUCAGUCCCGGAUAAGCUUUUCUGAGAAGGAACUCCUCAUACUGAUCAGGAACCACCUCAUGGUCAAAGGACUCCAUGACACAGCAAACAUGCUUGUAAAAGAGGCUAAUUUGAACAUUGGACUCUGCCCCAGCUCUGCCUCCUCUGUAACCCCUACUUCAUCCUCAGUGAUUCCUAGGACUUCUCGGUUCACUGGUGGGGUCACACUUGGACCUGGGAGUCAUGUUGGAUCCUCUCCAGUGUCUUCAGUGUCCAUAGCUGCCUCCUCCACACCUUGUCCCUCCCGUUCUCCAAUAAUUCCUCACACUUCAUGCUCCUCUACCUCGAGCCCCCUCCCUCUACGCCCUCACUCUGUACCUCAUGGGCAGGGCUCUUCUCGGGUCGGUAGGAUCUUAUUCUCACGGGAACGACCAGUGAUCACUUGCAGCUCAGGGAAAAAACUUCGUGCAUUAAGACAAAAGUCUGACCAUGGCGCUUACAUACAGACUCCAGCUAUGAAGAAACAGCUUGAGCGCCACCUCCCUUCCCCUCCAACACUUGACAGCAUCAUCACCGAGUACCUGAGGGAACAACAUGCCCGCUGCCCUAAUCCUGUCACCACAUGCCCCCCCUUCUCUCUUUUCACCCCUCACCGCUGCCCUGAGCCCAAAAAGCGGCGACAGGCAUCACCCAACUUCACUGCCCGGCUAGGGAGCAGGAUGUUGUAUCCGAAGUACGGAGGUGUGGACAGAGGGUGUCUGGACAGACAUCUAAUAUUUAGCAGGUUUCGUCCAAUGUCAGUCUUUCACGAGGGUGACGGAGAUGAGAGCGGUUUCACCUGUUGUGCCUUCUCAGCCCGUGAGCGUUUCCUGAUGCUGGGAACCUGCUCGGGUCACCUCAAAUUCUACAAUGUCUUCUCCGGAGAGGAGGCAGCCAACUACACCUGCCACACAUCAGCCAUCACACACCUCGAACCCUCCAGAGAUGGGAAAUUACUGCUCACAUCUGCAUCCUGGAGUGUCCCACUGUCUGCUCUUUGGAGUUUGGAUGGAGUCUUUAGCCUGAAAAACUCGUUUGUAGAUGACCACUACGUUGAGUUCAGCAAACUCUCUCAGGACAGAGUCAUUGGUACUAAAGAUCAAGUGGCCCAUAUCUAUGACAUUCAGACAGGUCAGAAGACUCUGACCCUGAAUGAACCUGCACUGGCCAAUAAUUACAAGAGGAACUGCGCCACCUUUAACCCCACUGAUGACCUGGUUCUUAACGACGGGGUGCUGUGGGACAUCCGGAUGUCACAUGCCAUCCAUAAGUUUGACAAGUUCAACAUGAAUAUCAGUGGUGUUUUUCAUCCCAACAGCCUUGAGGUCAUCAUCAACACUGAGAUUUGGGACCUGAGGACUUUUCACCUCCUGCACACUGUUCCAGCCUUGGACCAGUGCAGAGUAGUCUUCAAUAGCAACGCCACCAUUAUGUAUGGAGCAAUGCUGCAGGAUGACGAUGCAGAUGAUGCUAUGGACCAGCAGAUGAAGAGUCCUUUUGGCUCGUCGUUCAGAACUUUCGAUGCUACAGAUUACAAACCCAUAGCCACUGUAGAUGUCAAAAGGAACAUCUUUGACCUGUGUACUGAUACCAAAGACUGCUACCUGGCUGUCAUUGAGAACCAGGAUGCAGUGAGCUUAGACACAGUGUGUCGGCUGUAUGAGGUGGGACGACAGAAACUAGCAGAAGAAGGAGAUGAUGAGGAUGAUGAAGAUCAAGACGCUGAUGAUGACUCCUCAGACUCCUCAGAUGAUGAUGAUGAUGACGAUGAUAUGGACACAGACCCGCUUCUUGAAGAAUUGGCAAAUAAUGAGAACCAAGAAAAUGGGGAUCGGCCAGAGUCUCCCACAGAUGAAGAAGUACAUAUUGCAGAUCUUCUUGGCAGUGAUGAUGAAAAUAAUGACGAUAAUGAUGACAAUAAUGACUCGGAAGGAUCUGACCGGAGUGACAAUUCAUCAGACUCUUCUGAUAUGGAAAACUAUUACCCAGAGCCAUCAGACGAUGAAGACACUGUGUUUAUUCGGUCUCUGGGCAGAUGGUUCUCCUGACCUGCAAGAAAACGGUCCUCUGAAGCCGUUGACAAUGUGAACCUCAACGUGGACCUUUUUUUUUAUCUCACUUGUCAUUUAAUCAGGCAAGUGGACUGUGACCACAGUGAUGACCAUCACUCUUCUAAAGGAUUAAUGUAGAAAAAAAAAAUAGCGAGUUGCCAUAAUCUCUUAAUAUUCUGAUGUUGAAUUAUAAAUGUUUUCCAAAGGUCAUGGGGCUCAGAUAAAUACAUGUAGCUGACCUGAGUUUGUUCCUGUAUUUCAAUAGGUGAAGGAAUUUGAAACGGUUUUGUAUAAAAAGUACUGAGAGUGUUACUUACCUCCUCUGAUGUAAACUGUGGUUCUGUCACCUGUAGCACAGUGACCCCAACCACAAGGGAAAUUAAUUAAAUUAUUCAAGUUGAAUCUAAAAUUGACAAAACGUGAAGCCAUAAAUUUAGCAUAAAUGUACAUAAGUAAAUUGUACAUCAGUAUUAUUGCUCAGUGUUUGGUGUUUAAAGCCAAUUUACUACCUUAUAAGUAAAAUUAGGAAAUAAUUAAGUGGGUGCUGAAGGUGCAUUUAAUUUAUUUCCACGCUGCAGUCUUUGAUACAUUUUGUUGUUGCUCUUUUUCCUAGAUGUUUGAUCAAAGCUAAAAGCCAAAUAUUGACAAAAAAGCAGUUAAAGCUGGAACUACAACAAUUCAUCCUCAUUUAUUGUACAUCUACGGGUGAUUUAUUUUACAACCAUUAAAAAAAACCCCAAGUUAUGUCUAAUUGUAUUUAAUUUAUUUGGACUGUUUCUGGAUUUACUUCAUUUCUGUGUGUCUUCAUUAAGUUUUAUUUAUGUCAUUGAGUUGUUUCAUUAUCAGCUGCUAUAAGGUCUUAUCACACACAAGAUGGGGAAAUGUUCUACAUGCUACAGGUGGUGUUUCUUUAUGGUUUUCUUUUUUAGAUGAUGUUUAACUCAUCACUGAACAGUCAACUUUUCACAUUUACGUGGCUGUCCUGUGAUUUAAAAAUGUUCUGGGAUGUUAAAACUAAUGGAGGUUUUCGAUACUUAAGAAAUAAAACAGUGGGUAUUAAUGGGUAAAAAAACAAAUGGAGAUAGUAUUGAACACUCCUGACUGUAUUGCGUCCCAUGGCAAUGAUACAAAACCAACUUUAUGCUGUUUCCUAAACACUGCAUCAAGUUCACAAAGCUGUGACAGCCUGAAUGUUUUAUUUUUUCUGUUUUUUUUAAUCUCCUGGAGGGUCACCGUUAAGUAUUGCUUUACAAGUUAAUUAAAUACAUUUUAAAAAUUAA